AUGCUAGUGAAUGCUGCCAUAGCAAAAGGAUAUCCAACAGCACUUCAUGUAGCAGCAGGAGCUGGCCAUUUUCACUUUGUGAAAGAGCUUGUGAACUUGAUGGACAAGAAUGACUUGGAUUUACAAAACUCUAGGGGGAACACUGCCUUCUGCUUUGCUGCAGCAGCAGGAAGCUUGGAUAUUGUUAAGUUAAUGUGGGAAAAGAACUCUUUCUUGCCAGAAAUUAGAGGUGGAAAUGGUUUCACUCCUCUUUUUUUUGUGGCGCAGCAAGGAAGAGCUGAUAUGGCACGGUAUUUGUAUCCUAAGACUAUCGAAAACUUCGAUGAAGUAGAGUGGAAUAAGUUAUUCCUCACUUGCAUCGACACUGGUAUUUAUGGUUUAGCGUUGAAAAUGUUGGGAGAUAAGCCAGAACUUGCAUCAGCAACAACUGAACAAGGUCUGACAGGGAUUCUUAAGCUUGUAAACUCAGAGCAAGAUAUAAGAAAGAUCAUAAAUGAGCCAUCACGACUAUUAUUUGAUGCUGCAAAAGUUGGAAAUUUUGAUUUCUUAGCCAAGCUUCUGAGAUCGUACCCUGAUUUGGUAUGGGAGUUGGACAGCCAAAAGCGAAGCAUAAUUCACAUUGUUGUUUCACAUCGUCAUCCUAAUAUCUUCAAUCUCAUCCGUGAUAUAAGUGCAAAUAAGGAUAUCAUAUUGUCAUAUCUAGACAAAGAUGAUGGAAACAAUAUAUUACAUUUGGCUGUAAAGUUAGCACCAGUUGAUCGACUUGAAUUGGUCUCUGGGGCAGCUUUUCAAAUGAAGUUUGAACUAUUAUGGUUUGAGGAAGUGAGGAAAAUAGUGUUACCAUCAUAUGUGAAUAUGAAGAACUCAAAUGGUGAAACUUCUCGAGAGUUGUCCACCAAGGAGCACACAUCAUUGAGAAAGCAUACUGAGUGA